AUGUUCGUUCAGGAAUUCUCCGGCCUGACCAAGGAGGAGCUGAUGAAGUAUGCGGAUGACCCGUUCUGGGUGAACCUGCGUUGGUCGCUCUUCGUGUUGUUCUGGGCGUCGUGGCUGUGCAUGCUGGCCGGAGCGAUCGUCAUCAUCGUGCAGGCCCCUAAGUGCACGCCACCAGAGCCCAAGAAAUGGUACGAGCAAGGUCCUCUGGUCGAGCUGGGGCCGGCGAGUCCUGAUGAUGUGGAGGCGAUGCUGCCCAGGCUGGAGGAGUACAGUGUCCAGGGUGUGUUCAUGGAGACGCCUGUGUACGAGGUGCUGGACCAGCCGGACAUACUGAAGCCUUUCAAGAACAUGUUCGAGAAGGCCAGGAACGUAGGCAUCAAGGUGGUGGUGGAUCUGCUCCCGAGCUUCGUGUCCCUGAACCACACGUGGUUCCAGCUGAGCGAGAACCGCACCGCGCCCUACACCGACUACUUCGUGUGGGCGCCCAGCAAGGGCUUCGACGACGUCGGCGCACCCAUAGCGCCCAACAACUGGAUAUCGACGAACAACACGCCAGCGUGGUCGUACAGCGAGAAGCGGCGCGAGAUGUACCUGCACCAGUACGACGAGCAGCGGCCGGACCUCAACUUCCUGAACAAGGACGUGGCGGACCACCUGGACAAGGUCAUCAGCGCGUGGAUCACGAGCGGCGCCGCCGGAGUCAGGUUACUCAAAGCGCGCCAUCUCAUCGUGAACGUGUCCGCCGAGGCCGUGCCGAACUCUGGGCGUGGGAGCGACCCCGGGGUCGACCACACGCACCGCGCCUUCUGGCGACACUCGCCCGACCCGCGUCUGACACAACUGCUGGGACACUUCGCCGCGCAGGUCAAGGCCAUCAGCGAACCUGAUGCUGUGUUCACGGUGAAGGAGGAGUCGGAGCCGGAGCUGGAGCUGUUCAUGUCGCUGCACAACAUGUCGUCGCUGCGGCCGCCCAGCGCGGCGCCGCUGCAUCGUUCUCCACACACCUCGACCAGCUCGUCUCCACCAUCAACGCGCGUCUACCUUCCUGGCCGGCGAUUAAGUUAUAGGCGAAUGAGACAGACGAGGAGCUCGCGGCGUUCUCGCUGCUGCUGCCCGCCGCGCUCUGUGCUGGAGCUGCAGCAGCUCAGCGAACACGGCAACGAGACCAAGACCAGCUCGUGGCUGUCGCACGUGGUGCCGCUGCGCUGGGACGUGACGGUGGAGCACGGCGCCUACAGCGUGGCCGCCGCGCCGCCGCGCAACCGCACACACAACCAGCUCCUCGUCUGCGCCAGGUGGAAGGCGGGUCACACGGGGUACGUGGCGGUGUACAACCCCGGCGCGGAGGAGCUGCGCGGCAACCUCUCCGCCGUGCCGUCGCUGCCCGACUCCCUCACCGUGCACCACGUGUCGCACCGCGUGCGGCUCUACACCAAUUUCACAUCCAACCACGCCAUGGCGGCGGACGACGUGUUGGUCCCUCCGCGGUCCACGCUCGUGCUCUCCUACGUGCCCAAGACAAGCGCGGAGCAGUGAACGGACACGCUGACCCGCCGAGUACACGAGGCGGAAUAUUAUGCAUUUAUUGGACCGUUCUAAUAUAAUAGCUGACAUAUUAA